UGUGUGAGCUUCCUCUGAGCUGAGGAUGAGGAGGCUGUGUAUUGUUGUGGGACAGAGACUGGCGCUGCGGUUUUAACUAGGGACCAUUUUUGACUUUUUAAUGCAUGCAAGGACUCUUGGUGAGCUGCUUGACCUGCCAGUAAAACCUGCGAGCUGCUGACAGUCUCCACAGCUUGUUACCGUAAUCUUUGUUCUUUAAACAGACUCUGGUAAAAAUGUCGCUUACGGUAGACGCUCUCAUCAGAGGACCGAUGACGGAGUUUGAGGAGAAGCUCCGUCAGCAGCAUGAAGCCUCCAUGCAUCAGGAGCUGGAGGCGCUGCUGGCCACGGCCAACAAAGCUGAAGCUGAGGUCUCCAGAAAAGACUUUGAUGGCUUCAAGAACCUCUUCCACAGAUUCUUGCAGGUCAAAGGUCCCUCAGUGGACUGGGCCAAAAUCAAGCGGCCGCCAGAGGAAUCGGUGCAGCCCUACGACAGGAUCAAGGCGAAGGGACUCCCAGGAAGCAUCACUUCCUGCCUCAACAAGCUCGUCGUGGUCAAACUGAACGGAGGUCUGGGAACCAGCAUGGGCUGCAAGGGCCCCAAAAGUCUGAUCAGUGUCCGCAACGAGAACACCUUCCUGGACCUGACUGUGCAGCAGAUCGAGCAUCUUAACAAAACCUUUAAUGCUGACGUGCCGCUGGUUCUCAUGAACUCUUUCAACACUGAUGAGGACACCAAGAAGAUCCUGCAGAAAUACACACACCACCGGGUCAAAAUCCACACAUUCAACCAGAGCAGGUAUCCGAGAAUCAACAAGGAGUCUCUUCUGCCGAUCGCUAAGAGCAUGGGCAUGAACGGAGAGAACACGGAGGCCUGGUACCCGCCGGGUCACGGAGACAUCUACGCUAGCUUCUGCAACUCCGGACUGCUGGACAAACUCCUUGCUGAGGGAAGAGAGUACAUCUUUGUGUCCAACAUCGACAACCUGGGAGCCACUGUGGAUCUCUUCAUCCUCCACCACCUGAUGAGCCAGCCGGCCGACAAACGCUGCGAGUUCGUCAUGGAGGUCACAGACAAGACCAGAGCUGACGUCAAGGGUGGAACUCUGAUCCAGUAUGAGGAUCAUCUGAGGCUGCUGGAGAUCGCUCAGGUCCCCAAAGCCCACGUGGACGAGUUCAAGUCCGUCACCAAGUUUAAGAUCUUCAACACCAACAACCUGUGGAUUUCCCUGCCGGCCAUCAAGAGGCUGCAGGAGAACAACAGCAUGGACCUGGAGAUCAUCGUAAACCCAAAGACAUUAGAUGGUGGUCUGAAUGUCAUCCAGCUGGAGACGGCAGUGGGCGCCGCCAUCAAGAGCUUUAAGAACGCCAUGGGAGUGAACGUCCCCCGUAGCCGCUUCCUGCCGGUGAAGACCUCGUCCGACCUCCUGCUGGUGAUGUCCAACCUGUACAGCCUGGACGCCGGAUCGCUCACCAUGAGCAAGAAGAGGGAAUUUCCCACAACGCCACAUGUUAAACUGGGCAGCUCCUUCACCAAGGUUCAGGACUUUCUGACCAGGUUUGAAAAUAUCCCAGAUAUGUUGGAGUUGGAUCACCUCACUGUGUCCGGAGACGUGACCUUCGGGAAGAACGUCUCUCUGAAGGGAACCGUCAUCAUCAUCGCCAACCACGGCGACAGGAUCGACAUUCCGGCCGGAGCGAUGCUGGAGAACAAGAUCGUCUCAGGAAACCUGAGGAUCCUCGAUCACUGAGGCCUUCUGGGAGGAACACACAACACCAUGUACACGAUGGGGAGAUUUCUGCUGUUUCUCAGACAGGAAAUGUGAAUGUUUAGGUCAGGUUUGUUCUCUGAAGACACCAAGUCGUCAGACCUGUUGCUGCAAGACAAUAAAGCUGUAUAUGAUUGGAGUA